AUGGCCGUGACAUUUUGUGCAGGAAGUCGCAGCAAUCGGAAAGAUUUUCCAUUGGAUCCAGUUCUCCCAUAAUUUCUCGAUAAAAAAUCACCUUUUGCCGCAGAGUGUCGUUUAAUUAGAAAAGAGUGCGUUUUUGUAUUGGAAAGUGUGAAGUUGGGAAGAUUCAAGUAAUUAUAGCUUCAAUCCCUUGGCAAUGAUGAUCAAAAUAUAGAACUUCAAAUGGAAAUGGAAGACUUGCUUCUGCAGGUUAUUAAAGAAUCUGCUGGUUCGAAACAAUCUACCUUAAAACAAGCCGCCCAGAUUGCAUAUGAUAAGCUCUACCGACAGCAUGGAAUUCAUCGGGACCCAUCCUAUGAAUUGCGCUCUGUUUGCCUCACAGCCCUCCAAAUGGCGCUGGAAACAAAACGAGCCAAAUUCGUUACGAUGGGUUUGAACGGACUACAUAGAGUAAUCCGAGAUGAAAGGUUCUUCAUUGGAUUAGAGCCUGAAGACGAUUCACUAUGGUUACCGGCACAACUUCUUCGUGCUACAACAGGGGUUACUCCGCUAAACAACACAGAGGAUACUGUUGUUAACGUGCUCCGGCUGUUUUUGUCAAUGGCAUGCUCACCUACAUGUACCCUCAACGGACGCCUGUUGAUUGAAAUUUUAUCGCGAUGUGGAGAGUGUUGGGAAAAUGGAUCGCGCGCCAUAAGAGCUGCUUCAUUGGCGGCUGCCAGUCAGUGCUUGCGGACGUUUUGUGCAUUUUUGAAGGAUGAAGCAGAAGAAGUGCAAAAAACUGCUCCAGCUGGUCUUAUAUCUGUGGCCCAAGCUUCGGCUGUUUACAAUGAAGUGAUUCCUGUGAUGCAAUGGUUAUGUAGUCGACUAAUAGAGCCGAGAGUAGGAACACCGAAGAAAUCGGAUGCAUGUGGAUCACUAUAUCUGACCGAAUGCAUUCUAACGUUAGUGACUUCCUUGCCACGAAAUGUCCACUCCAACCCACACUUUACAUCGUUCCUGUGGCAAAAGUUUUGUCCGACGUUAGCAGCGGCUUUAGGAUCGCCCGGUAGAAUCAAUUUGGACAAGAAAUUCACCUACAAGGAUGCGCUCCAUAUGAUCGAAAGCGAAGCUAGAGGUUUUUUCACAGGACCAGGAUUAGAUGGUCCACAAGCGAGAUGCGUUUAUUUGACAGCAAUCCAACUUCUGCGAAUAGCAGGUGCUCAAGGUUCCUUGCGACCAAUGUUAGAAGCUCUUUUCCAUAGAAUGCUGCUACUACCGUCGCCACAAAACAGGACCGAACCUCUGAAAUGUGUUAAGGAAAUAUUUAAAAGUCCUGCGAGGUUGGUAGAUCUAGCAGUGAUUCUUUAUGUGGACAAAAACUCUGGACAAGGCUGCAGUGACGAUAUGGCUAUGUUCCGACUAAUGAUUGACGCAAUGGAGGAAUGUGCAGUAGCCGCUCAAUCGGGAAAUUCAAAUGAUUCCUCACUACAAGCCAGUGUCGAAUGUAUUGUAGCAUUGCUGAGUAGUCUCCAAGUAUUAUGUACCGGAGAAAUUAAUGAAAAUAUAUUAAGCGAUCAGACAGCAGACGUUAUAAACGAGCGUUACUCCUUUCUACGGGAAGCUGACUAUACAGGUCCUCUGACAUAUCAAUCAAUGUCCCGCCUUCCUGCUCCUUACCGAGAUGCAGUGGCUGAGUUGCGGCAACAUGGGUUCGAAACCUCUUCAGGAUCGGACAGUGAUGGAGAGCAUGCAGAACCCGACAUGGCUUCAAACGGAUCCGGGGACACUGAAGGACCAGAAGAAGAACUACCGACAUCGAGCGAUGAGGGUUCAUCAAAAGUGGAUAACGUUUGGCCAUAUACGCAUCUAGAGGCUCCAACUCUCCCAGUACGGACGGACAGCGAUCACGAUCGUCAACAUGCUCGUGAAUUUGCGAAAUCGUUACGUGUAGAGUUAGUUCCGAAACUUUUGAGAUUGAGAUCUUGCGUGGAAGUGGAUGAAGCAAUACAAGAGUUUGCAUCCUCCGUGUGUCACGAGAAUAGUAUGAACUAUUCUGAUUUCGAGUGUAAUCUCACAGCCAUUAAUGCUGAUGGGAUUUAUUUGGCCAUAUAUUCAGCUUUCGUUUUGAGUUUGCAAUUGAUGAGGGCCGGGCAUUAUGAUGAUCCAGAGAAAUCAGUUUUGAUCCCUUUAUCGGAACAACAGUUUGUAACAUCUGUUCAGAAUACUGGAGUUUUGGUGUACCUGUCGACAGCUUGGCUUUGUGAAUUAUAUCAGUCGAUUAUAAUUUCAAAUCCAUUGGAGAAAGUUAUCCAAGAAGACUGUGAAAAUAGUCGUUGCGCUCUUGUCGAUAUGAUCUGUGAUGCGGGUGGGUUGGGUCCGACGCAGAUGAUGUCGGAGUGGCAACGACUUCAAGCUGUGGUUCGAUAUAAUGAGGAUCAAAGCGAAAGACGAGAGGCUGCGAAGAAAUUAUCGCGAAGAUUACUUACGUGUUGUUGGGAUUCGAUGGUUACUGUUUUAAGCACGGGGCUUGGAGAUGUUUCGAGUCUGGGAAAAAACCGACUUGUGACACUAUCAAAACGCACUCUUAAGAUGAAAAUAAAAAGGAAUAAUAAAAACGGUGAAGCUUUAUACGCCUUGUGUCUGGAUGGAUUGCAUUCUGCUGCAACUUUAAGCAACUCUUUGAAUCUUCAACAUCUCGCUGGAAAAAUAUUGAACCUGCUUUGCACGAAUGUUUGCCAGACCAGCGGUCCAAGGAUAUCGGCAAGUCAGGCGAUGUCUAUGGACGUUGUUUUGACCGGAGGACUGAAUUUAGGGUCAUAUAGUUCGGAAUGUUGGCAUCCAGUUUUCUCUAUUUGUCGGCAUGUUACACAGUUAGAGCAUGACAUUUUUAGCCUACAAAAUCCGUCUCUGACUUCAUCACCUUCGGGUAAUGGGCGAGACUUCGAUUCGAAUGAAAAGACUGCAGGGAAAACAGGAGGCGAAAAACUGAAUUUAUCAGUGAUACCUAUAGAUGAGGAUGAAACUUGUGUGGACGUUUAUAGUUUUUUGCAAGCACCUCUUCAAACAACAAAUACAAGUGUUGCAUCAAUCUUGAAGUCUUACAUGGGUUCAAAUGAAACUAUUUUGUUGAGCCAGGCAGAUACGUCGAAGGUUCUUUGUGCUGUAUCGCAUCUUGCAGAAAACUUAUUCAACGAUGCAGCGGAAAGAUUGAGUCUCCCUUCGCUCUGUCAGUUUCUAAAAAGUUUAUGUCGGGCGUCACGAGAGCAACUCUAUCGAAAUACUACAACUCGGAAAGGAAGUCGGUUGUGGUGGCCGAGCCGUGGUUGGAAGCGAGUUGAUUCGCUACCGCUUUCAUUGCUCCUGCACCGAGUAGGGGAUGUAACAUUAAAAGUCUUUCGUAGUUCCAGGCCAUUGUUGCAUAUAUUAAAAAUUUGGGCAAUCACUGGACCGCAUUUAAUGGAUGCGGCCUGCCACAAAGAAAGAGCAAUAUCAAAACGAGCCAUCGAGUAUAUACACGAUAUAAUCACAGCUUUACUGGUGGAGCAAUCUGAAAUGCCGCAUUUUCACUUCAAUGAGGCUCUAUUAAAACCAUUCGAAAAUUUAUUAAGUAUGGAUUCCUGUGAUGUAGAUGUUCAGGAUCAAAUCGUUGCCUGCUUAUAUGAAAUAGUUGAGGCACAUCGAACCGAAAUUCGAUCAGGUUGGCGUCCACUAUUUGGAACACUACGCAAUGCCCGAAGUCGAAUGCUGAACAUCGCGAAUAUCAUUGACAUUUUUCGAGUGUUCUUGGAUAGUGACAAUACCUUAGUAUUUGCAAAUGCCGGACUAGAUUGCAUCCUUUGCUUGCUGUCCUAUUUAGAAAUAUCGGGAUGCAAUAACAGUGAUGACGAGAACAAUUUUCGUUCAUUGGAAUUCUUACAUGAAACGUUGCGUUUUUUGGAAAGGUGCUCGUCGAUUUUAGGAUUCAUGUUCAAUAUGCCAAAAUGCCCCAAUUUUAAUUCUACAUACAAAAUAAAAGGAAUCACAUACACGCACAUAAUUGAUGCAAACAUACCAAAUUCCAUGGAGAAUUUCACAUAUUUCGGAAACGAUUACCUACAAACAAAGAACGAGCAACAUAUGAUCUCCUAUCGGUCGCUGCACAUAGAUAAAGAUACGAUAAUGAAGAUCGAUGAAAUGGAUAAGGCAAGUGGUGUGCUGAAAGUGUGGUUUUUGCUCCUGGACGGACUCACCAACUCACUGAUCGUUUGCCACAUACCGCAUCAGGCACCGAUCCUCCAGACUAUAUUCAAGCUCUUCAAAAACCUCAUCUCGAGCCCUGGAAUUGAUUUUGGAUUCUAUUGCAUCAACCAUCUUUUGAUUCCAAUGAUCCAAGAUUGGUUACGUUAUGUCAACAAAACGAAUGCCAAUUGGUUGGCCAUUGAAAAGAACUUCAAGCACUGUUGCUGCAUGACCACCGAUCUUGUGGUAGAGUAUAUCGAAAAGUCCCAAAAGAGACUCAGUGGUGAAAUGAAGAAAAAUAAUUGCACCAUGAAGGCAAGACUGACGACAAUAGUUAGACCUGUGGAUAAUAUGCACUUCUCACAAAUAAAGUUAAUAAAUAGUAGCAAUUUUAGUACUAGUGAUCAGAACCUAGAAGGUGGCGGCCUGUCUAGUACAAAGAAUAGCAAUAGCAACGUAAGGCAUAGCGUUCACGUGAACAAUAAUAACAGUAGCGUCAACAAUAAUAAUGAUAGCAACAACAAAGUAGAUAGCUCAUCGAGUGAUGAUAAUAAUUUAAGUGAUUCUCCGACCAAAAUUCCGGCAGCAGCCACGCUUGCUCUAAAACAGCUGCUCCUCGUGCUGAUAGAGUGUUCGGCACAAGCUCAGGAAACAAUCGCGCGUGUAGGCGUAUCAUGUUUGAAGCACAUCAUCCUGUCCACAGGUCACCUGUUCAACGAGUCCCAAUGGAUGAUCGUUUGUUCGGCAAUACACCGUGCAUGCACAGUGACAAUAGCUCCUUUGCGACAACUUUCUUUCGCGUUCCAUGAAAAGUCUAACAGUUUCUACGGGGACUGCGCAACAGUGAAGGUGGCGGCACGCAGGGAUAGUACUUUGGAAGAACUGGCACGAAUAAACUCACUAGCACAACAAGUUUUUCUCUUGGACAAUCAAAGAGAACCCAGUUCUAAAAAUGGAAACCACAAUGACACUAAGCACUGCACAGACGACCGGAGUUAUUCUUUUCUCCUAUAUCCGCUCAAUAAUGGCUUCAACUCUAAUCUAGAUAAUUUCGUUAUUAGAAUACCUUAUAAGAAUCUGGUUGUAGGACUUUUGGCUAAUCAAAUGCUACUUCAGUUAGUGGCGAAACUGUUGCUAGCCAGACUGAAGUGCGUCCCAUCAGCAGUCCAUACUUGCAUUUUUGACAACUAUACCAGUAGCCCUUCUCCAGAGUAUGAAUUAGACUUCCGUUCCAAAGAAAUCCUAAUGCGUUGUGUGAAACAGUACCUUACUAGUUCGCUCGAGUUCGACUCCCGGCCAGGACUGAAGUUCCUCAUGCAGAAGGUGUCCAAAAUUGACUACGCCGCUAAUCUGUACAAGCAAAAGACAUCAUCUUGGAUGAUCUAUUUUAUCGCCCUCGUUGACUCCUACCUCAAUGAUAUAGUCGUCUAUAAUCUGGGAUCCGAAGAUCUCAACUACAUCUUGGAGUCAUGCUCUCGUUUGAAUACAACCACCAUUAAGAAAAAAGAAAAUUUCGUCCGUUACUUAUUUUGCUUGCAAGAUGCUUGGAAUUUAGUUUGUGAGCUGUAUUUAAGCCACUCAAAUAUGCACGAUAUCGAGAAUGGAAUUCUCAAGGAUGAUAAGAAAGUUAAAAUAUUUUCUACUCCGAAGAUCGAAGAUUAUUCUAAAUUGUCAGAGCCGGAGAAGAGUUCAUCAGAGAUUUCCGGAACAGCAGAAAGCUCACCCGAGAAAUCAGGAUCGGAGGAGAGCGUUACUAUGACAACAUUAAUUAGUGAAUUUCAACCAAAGUCGAGGACGAACCCAUUCGAUACAAAUCGUCCUCAAAAACAAGAAACUGAACAGAUAUCUCCAGAAAUCGAACAGCAACGAGCUACCAGCAUUCUGCGCGACUCAAACUACAAGCGAGCGGCACUAGCACAGUUGGUUGUUGCAUCAAUGGAACUACUCCGAUCUCUUCCAGAAGAGGCAGCUGAUAACUUGCGUCUCCUUAUGACGCCUACAAUCCGCGAAGCAUUUCGUCUGGUGCAGUUGCAAGGAAAUGAACUGAAAGUGGAUCAGUUUUAAAUCCCAUUAUAAGGAUUAUUUACUAACCAUGUUUGGAUGUAUUUGUAGGAGUGGUAAGAUGUUCUCUGACCAUCAGAUGAAUAUUUAAGAAAGAUUUCAUGCAGAAACCUAAGUAUUCUUUCUACAUCAACAACUUUGGACAGGUCCAUAUCCAACGUUCGAAUAUUCUCAUUUCUACAAAAAUCUCCCGGCAACCCCUUCAGUUUGAUAUAAAAAAUUGGCAACGCUAUUUUUGCGCUACUUCCAAAUACAUAUAUAUUAUAGUUUGCAAAUCCGCGGGUUCAAGAAACCAAGUUUCCAAAAACUCCCAACUCUCCAUGAUACUGAGUUCUGCUCCAUGUUGGAGGGAUUGAUGACGGCUUAACCCUCAAAAAUACUGUAAAGUUGUCAUUUCUUACUUGCAUGCACUGUAUUGAAGCGAAAGGUUCCAGCUGGGAGAACUCCCUCGGCAAGGAGGCAGUAAUAAGACAACAUGACGCACCGAGAACUAGUCAGUGAAUAGAACUACUUUUGAAAGCAAAUCAGAACAAUAAUUAAGGCGAACGAACCGCAUCUACUAUGAAACGAAUUGUAUGGUAUUAGCAGAUACAUAGAAACGCUCAUUCAUAUUUAUAAGUUUAGAUAUAUCAAAGUCAAAUUGAACGCAAACGAAAUGGAGAAACAUAAUGAAAACCGGCUAAAACACAGCGAGUCCAGAAACUAUACUUGAAAAUAUUACGCAUGAUAUACAGAAUAUAUUUUUGAACGGCGCGAGUUGAGAGCAAAAGAUAGAUUGGAAUUAUUUUUAUCGGAGUUUUCUUUGCAAAGUAAGAUUAAGUUAAAUCUCAAUAUGGAUUGAACAAUUAAUGCUUUAAUGUAUCCUGAAGGCUAUCCUUAUUAUUGCCGGCAAAUAAAUACUAUAUUUGUGCUA